UCUCUCUCUCUCUCACUCUCUCUGUGGCACACACCCACACUCAACAGAGGCGAAGUAGAAGAAGAAGACAUGGACUUGAGCGAGGAACUUAGGGCACAGCACAAGCGAACAUUCGUCAAGUUCUUCGAAAACGAAAAUGUAAACCUGAAAACCGAGAUCAAGGACAUGACCGACCACAAACGUCGCCGUUUAAUCAUCAAUCUCUCCGACCUUUACAAUGACAAGAAUGGAGAGGGCGCCGACUUGGCUCGCAGGAUUCUUUACAAUCCGAGUGAGUAUAUGCAACCGUUGUGCGAUGCAAUAACGGAAAUCACUCGGACAUGUGAUCCCAAGUACUUGAAGGAAGGAGAGCAAGUGCUUGUUGGAUUUGAGGGUCCUUUUGUGUCACGGCGUGUAACACCAAGAGAGCUUUUGUCUGGCUUCAUUGGUUCAAUGGUCUGCGUCGAGGGCAUUGUUACUAAAUGUUCUCUUGUAAGGCCAAAGGUUGUUAAAAGUGUCCACUUCUGCCCUUCAACUGGGAAAUUCACAGCCCGUGAAUAUCGAGAUAUCACAUCCAAUAUGGGUUUGCCCACAGGAUCUGUUUAUCCAACACGGGAUGAUAGUGGCAAUUUGUUGGUAACUGAGUAUGGGUUAUGCCAAUACAAAGACCAUCAAACAGUAUCAAUGCAAGAGGUGCCUGAGAAUUCUGCUCCUGGGCAGCUUCCACGAACAGUUGAUGUCAUUGUAGAGGAUGACCUUGUGGAUUCUUGCAAGCCUGGAGACCGUGUGGCAAUUGUUGGGAUAUACAAAGCACUUCCUGGAAGUAGCAAGGGCGGUGUGAAUGGAGUAUUCAGGACUGUCCUCAUAGCUAACAGUGUCUCUCUGCUCAAUAAAGAAGCAAAUGCUCCAAUCUACACUGCUGAAGACAUAAACAAGAUCAAAAAGAUAUCUGAGAGGGACGAUGCAUUCGAUCUACUUGCUAAUUCACUUGCACCAUCUAUAUAUGGACACUCAUGGAUAAAGAAGGCAGUGAUUCUAUUGAUGCUUGGUGGAACAGAAAAGAACUUGAAGAAUGGUACCCAUUUACGAGGCGACAUAAACAUGAUGAUGGUCGGUGAUCCUUCUGUUGCAAAGUCUCAGCUACUAAGAGCGAUCAUGAAUAUUGCUCCUUUGGCUAUAUCAACAACUGGUCGGGGUUCUUCUGGAGUCGGAUUGACAGCUGCUGUUACCUCUGAUCAGGAAACAGGAGAAAGAAGGCUAGAAGCUGGUGCUAUGGUUCUUGCUGAUAGAGGUGUUGUUUGUAUUGAUGAAUUUGACAAGAUGAAUGAUCAAGAUCGUGUGGCUAUACAUGAAGUUAUGGAGCAGCAGACUGUAACAAUUGCCAAAGCUGGUAUUCAUGCAUCACUGAAUGCUCGAUGCAGUGUUGUGGCAGCUGCAAAUCCCAUUUAUGGAACUUAUGACCGUUCAUUAACUCCUACAAAGAACAUUGGACUUCCGGACUCUUUGCUUUCUCGCUUUGAUUUACUAUUUAUUGUAUUGGAUCAAAUGGAUCCUGGUAUUGAUCGUCAAAUUUCGGAGCAUGUCUUGCGCAUGCACCGGUUUCGCUCUGCAACUGAUGGAGGUGACAUGACAUUGGAUGGGAGUUCAAGAUACAUAGUGGAGGAUGAAGCUGAGACAGGUUCAUCCAUCUUUGUCAAAUAUAAUCGAAUGCUGCAUGGAAGAAAAUCAGAGAGGGGGCGCAAGCGUGAUACCCUCACCAUCAAGUUUCUUAAGAAGUACAUCCAUUAUGCGAAGCAUAGAAUUCAGCCAGAUCUGACUGAUGAGGCAUCUGAUCACAUUGCCACUGCAUAUGCAGAGCUCAGAAAUGCUAGUUCAAAUGCCAAGACUGGGGGAGGAACACUUCCAAUUACUGCCAGAACCUUGGAAACCAUAAUUCGGCUCUCAACUGCCCAUGCUAAGCUAAGGUUGAGCAGACAGGUUUUGAAGUCUGAUGUUGAAGCUGCUCUUAAAGUUCUAAACUUCGCCAUAUAUCACAAAGAGCUGACUGAGAUGGAGGAGCGUGAGCAUGAGAGGGAGAGGGAAUUGGAGAGAAAGCAAAACACUGACCACGAUGCAGGCAACAAUAAUAGGGCUGGCCCUGAUGGUGGCAGAAAUGAAAGAGCAGGCCGUGGUGGUCGUAAAAAUGAUCGGGCUGACCAUGAUGGUACUGCUACCAGAGAGAGUGCAAUGGAAGCCAUGGACGUGGAUGGCCCUCCUGAAGCACAAUCCACUGUCAACAUUUCUCCAGAAAGGAUAGAUGCAUUUAUAACCUUACUUGGCAAGCAUACCAGUGCACAGCACUUGGAUACUAUGUCUAUUGUGGAUAUUGAGAGGGUCGUCAACCAUGGAGCACCAGUACCAUCUUCAAGUGCAGAGAUUAUGUCCAUGUUAGAGAUAGCGCAAGAUAAAGGGAAACUGAUGAUAAACAGGGACAUGGGUGUAGUGUAUUUUAUCUAGUGUAGUUUACACACUGAUUGUAUUGCUUACUACUCUGCAGUAUUUUUCUCACUGUAACAGAUUGAUCUGUUUUGUAAGCAAUAUGGUCACAAUAUGGUGCUCCUGGAUUGUGUCCAAUGUUCACUAGCUUGGGGAUAUGGAAAACCUGCAUUGUCAUUCUGUUAAACUUGGA